AUGUUUACGAAUGAACGGAGGCAAGAAGAGCGAACUGGAAGAUCUGGAACUCCAAGGCUGCAAUACCUUCAGGAAUUGGUUUCUCAAUUUCAGAAUACAACAGAUGAUGAAGAGACAAAAGAGAAAGUUGUUGCUAAUUUGGCCAACUUUGCUUAUGAUCCUUACAACUAUGCCUUCUUGCGGCAGCUCAACGUGUUGGAACUUUUUGUGGACUGCAUAACAGAACCGAAUGAGAAGCUGGUGGAAUUUGGUUUAGGAGGAAUCUGCAAUUGCUGCGCCGAUCCGGCAAAUGCCGUAGUUAUCACUCAGUGUGGUGGGAUCCCUCUUGUUAUUCAAUGUUUAUCAAGCCCAGUUAGAAACACUGUGAAUUAUGCAAUUGGAUCACUUUAUUAUCUAUGCAACGCAUCUAACAAGGGGGAGAUUAUGAAGCCAGAGGUGGUUGAUGUCAUGAAGAGAUAUGCUGCAGCUAAAGAAGUGAGUGUCAGUUUCAGUAAUCUAGCCAAGGCAUUUUUGGACAAACAUGUUUCUGAAACUGCUUAG